AGUCUAUAAAUACCGGCCUGGUUUUCACUGCGAAUCCACAGCGCAUACAUAAAACACUUCAAAUUUAUACAUAGCUAGCUAAGCAACAACAACAAAAUGAGGUUUUUGACUCUCCUGGUCGCGUGCAUUUUGGCCUCUUUGUCGAGGGCCUUGGCUGAUAUCACUCCGCUUAUCAGCCGAGACCUGUUCAAUGAGAUGUUGAAGCAUCGUAACGAUGCAAACUGCCCUGGCAAUGGUUUCUAUACUUACGAUGGUUUCAUUGCCGCUGCCAACUCCUUUGGCGCUUUCGGUACCACUGGCGAUGUUGAUACUCGUAAAAGAGAGAUUGCUGCCUUCUUGGCUCAAACUUCCCAUGAAACCACAGGUGGGUGGGCAACUGCACCGGAUGGUCCAUACGCUUGGGGAUAUUGCUUUGUCCAGGAACAAGGCAACCCUGGAGACUACUGCGUUGCAAGUCAAGAAUGGCCUUGUGUCCCUGGUAAAAAAUAUUUCGGCCGCGGCCCAAUCCAGAUUUCAUACAACUACAACUACGGUCCAGCAGGAAAAGCGAUAAACGUCGAUCUGCUGAACAACCCCGACGCCGUGGCAAGGGACCCCACCAUUUCUUUCAAGACAGCUCUUUGGUUCUGGAUGACCCCACAGUCACCAAAACCUUCAUGUCACGAUGUCAUCACCGGACAGUGGAAGCCGUCCGCCCAGGACACUGCCGCCGGUCGGGUCCCUGGAUAUGGGGUCAUCACAAACAUCAUCAACGGUGGCAUCGAAUGUGGAAAAGGCUCCAACUCUCAGGUUGAGGAUCGCAUCGGGUUCUACAAGAGAUACUGUGACAUACUGCAAGUGAGCUACGGAGACAACCUUGACUGCUACAAUCAAAGGCCGUUUGCUUAGGCACUUUGGUUAAUUAUGAAAAAUUCUCACAUUAUUAAAAAAAAUCUGCUAGUGAUCUAGACGUGUGUAGCUCACUGUGAUAUUUAUCUUCUGAAUAAUUAUCAUAUCAAUAAAUAAAACCAGCUCUUUCUAAGUUUGGUUGCUCAU